AUAGAUUUAACCUAAAUUCUUAAAUUCAUCAUUUAAAAAGAAAAAAAGGAAAACAAAAAUUUAGAAGGCCAUUAUAAGAAAGGAAAAAGGGUUGCGGUAAGAUAUUGUGAUCUCCCCUUUCCCUUCAGAUCUGUCUCCUGAAGGCCCCAAAUUCAAGAGUUCUGUGAUUGUUGCUCAUAGAGGGAAGAAGAAAUGGGGUUGACCUUCACGAAGCUCUUUAGCAGGCUCUUUUCUAAAAAAGAGAUGCGUAUUUUGAUGGUGGGUCUCGAUGCUGCUGGUAAAACGACGAUCCUGUACAAGUUGAAGCUCGGAGAAAUUGUUACCACCAUUCCAACUAUUGGAUUUAAUGUGGAGACUGUGGAGUACAAGAACAUCAGCUUUACCGUUUGGGAUGUUGGUGGUCAGGACAAGAUCCGUCCACUUUGGAGGCACUAUUUCCAGAAUACACAGGGCCUUAUUUUUGUUGUGGAUAGCAACGAUAGGGACCGAGUUGUUGAGGCAAGAGAUGAGUUGCACAGGAUGUUGAAUGAGGAUGAGCUUAGAGAUGCCGUUUUGCUUGUAUUUGCUAACAAGCAAGAUCUUCCUAAUGCCAUGAAUGCUGCAGAAAUAACUGACAAGCUUGGUCUUCACUCUCUUCGCCAACGCCACUGGUACAUUCAGAGCACAUGUGCGACAUCUGGAGAGGGUUUAUACGAAGGUCUAGACUGGCUUUCCAACAACAUUGCUAGCAAGGUAACUGCUUCUUGAAUUAGAUCCAAAAAGUAAUUGUUUUGUUUGGUUCUGAGUUUAGUUACAUUUACCUUCUAAUUUCUUCACUUUUUUUUUUUUCGUUCUUUCUAAUCACACAAAAACAACAAAAAUGAUUUUUGGUGCGUGGAUGUAUAUUCGAUUUGUUUUCCUUCUUUUAACUUGUUGAAACCCUAUACUCUUCAGGCCUGAAGCGAAUAAAUGAUUUUGGUGGUUGUUCAAGAAUUUGUUCAGAGUUUCCUUCAUUCUGGGACCAAUAGUUUUCGUUUAAUUUCAGUGAUAGUUGGGAAACAUUUGGCUAGACCUUAAAAUGUACUCCAAGUUGUCAAUUGCUUCUUUAAGCUUAAACUUCUUAGCUCCUAGAAGUCCAUUAUUGUACUGUUUUCCAUUCAAUACCAAGUUCAAUUUUUAUCUGAUCAAUUUGAUUAAUAUGAAAUGCCCUUAUUUUGGCGUGCCA